AUGAAGCAGCAGCAGCAGCAGCAGCAGCAACAGCAGCUGCAGCAGCAGCAGCAAGAGGCACUUGUAGCUGUUCGAGCAGCAGCAGAUGUGGGGCUGUUAGUUCCUCCUUUCCUUCCCAGCAGCAGCAGCAGCAGCAGUAGCAGCAGCAGCAGUAGUAGCAGCAGCAGAAGCAGCAGCUGCGGCAGUAGCAGCAGCAGCAGCAGCAGGUUGCUGCUGCAGCAGCAGGACGUGUGUACGGUUCGUGCUGCAGCUGGGCGUUUAGCAGCAGAUGUAUAUCUACCUGCUGCAGUUGCUGCUGCGGGGAGUUCGUUGCUGCUGCUGCUGCAUGCGGCAGUUGCAGCAGACAGCAGCAACAAAGAAGCAGCAGCAGCAACAGCAGCAGCAGCAACAACAGCAGCAGCAGCAGCUAGCUGCUGCACCGGGCUUAACCCGCAGGUUGCCUGCAGCAUUCUCUCAGAUUUUCAGCAGCAGCUGCUGCUGCUGGGCUCUGACUCACCAGCAGCAGCAGCAGCAGCAGCAGCUGCUGCUGCUGCUGCUGCAACAGCAGCAGACACAGCAGCAGCAGCAGCAGCAAGCACAGCUGGAGAUGGAGCAGCAGCAGCAGCAGCAGCAGCAGCAGCAGCAGCAGCAGCAGGUAUCUCUACUUCUUCAGCUGUCGGUUCAUCUUUGGAGAAGCUGCUGCUGCAGAGGCAGCAGCAGCAGCUGCAGCAGCAGCAACAGCAGCAGCAGCAGCAAGCGCUGCUGCUGUCUGCAUGCUUCCGUCUACAUGCAGCUUCAGAGAGCAGCGCGGGGCAGCUCAUUACACACAACUAA